AUGGUGGAUGUAACCGAAAGAAUCAAAACAAUUACCAAUAAUUAUAAAAUAACGAAAAAAGAGUACAUUGAAACCUUCAUGAAUAUAUGUCGCGAUUUGAAGUUUUCACCCACCUCUCAUAAAGAGACUAUCAAAAGCGGAAGGCUAGAGUGUGCCAAAGUCUUGAAUGCUACAAUCAAGAAAAACAUUCUCAAAAUGUUUAUAGAUGCAGAUGGAUUGUCGUUGAUAUCUGAAUGGAUUACGGAUGCUUUGGAUCAAAUCGAUGAAAACCUCAUAAAGGAACUGGUCAAUGCUAUAAAGGACAAGUUAAACAAUUGUGGUGGACUUACUGUUGCAAAUGUCAAAAAAUCAAAAAUUGGUAAAGCUUUAAAUUCAGUGACCAAGUCAACCAUUAUUUCUAAACCAAUAAAGACCAGUGUUGAUGAAUUGAUUCAAGACUGGAAACAAAAAUUCGUGCAAGAGACAUCAACGACUGACUCAAAGAAAAAAUCAUCAACACUUGCAGCAACAAGCACGACAAGCGCCACGUCAAGCAAUGCUGAGAAGAGAAAACAAAGACCUGAAAGUGACAACACAGAAAAUGCAUCCACCUCAAUGUCACCAACUAUUGAUACUUCAAUACCCAUGAAAAAGAAAGUUAAAACCGAUGACAGAUCUCCCACUACAACAACCUUAGACGAGGCUUCAUCGUCUUCCACUGGAAAGAAAAAGAAAAAAGUGAGUUGGUCUUCGACUCUAGAACAAGUCCAAAUGAUUGAACCUAGGUCUGCCUAUAUAGAAGAAAAUGCAGGACAAAAUUCAAAUGGAAGUCACAAGACUGUUCAAGAAUUGAUGAAUGAAGAAAAAUCAAGAGAAAGGACAUUACUCAAUCAACAAAGACAAUUGAAACAAUUAAUUUUAUCAAACAUGACAAAUACAGUGAAUGGAGUGAGUCCUCUAAGGCCUAUAUUAGUAGAACACAAGUCAGACCAAAUUCCAGAUUUAUCAAGCACAGAGGCUUCAAGAAUUGCUGCAGAAGUGAAAAAAUCCCAAUCUAAGAUGGUUAUUGAUUCUCCUAAAUCUCCAGAUACAGUGCCAAAUAUUGCAGAGAUUUCAAAUUUACUCAAUGCUACCUUUGGUACUCUCAAUCGUCUUAAUCCAAUACCAAUUACCAACAUUUCCACUGGACAAACGAGCUCAAUGCCAACUUCCUAUGUCAACAAUCCUUCGACAUUCCCAACAACGUCGACACCACACCACCACACCAUAGUUUCUCCAUCUCAUCCAAUUUCUCCAUCUGUGGCCACCACCGUUUUUCAACAAUCACCUUAUUACCGGCCACAACCUUCACCACAACAGCAACCACCCUCAAUGAUGAUGAUGACAACAAACAUUUCCCAACCACCUCAUCCAUCUCAACCAUCACAUCAUCCAUCUCGUCAACCUAAUCACCACCAUCAUCCUCACAAUCGUCAAUCAUCCAACAGAAGUCAACAACAAUCAAAGCCAAGACCUCCUCUAAAUCCUCCUCCACCUCCACAAGGUCCUGUUGAGCCAAGAUCAUUCAAGCCCAUAAAAUGUUUGUUUUACCUUAAAGGAAAUUGUAAAAAUGGUACCAAGUGUGGAUUUUAUCAUGAAGGAUAUGACAUUCCACCUCAAGAGGGCGUUGAGGAAUACAACUUUGAGAAAGCCAAGUACUUCCAAUCCUUGAAAAACACUACGGUUGGACCACCAUCCGCACCAAACAAUUCUCAGAGAAGAUAA